GACUACGACGUUUGGCUGCUGGACCAGUUUGGUCUACUGCACGACGGUUCGACGCCGUACGACGGCGCCGUCGAGUGCGUCGACGCGCUCGCCGCGAUGGGGAAGCGGAUAUACAUCGUGUCGAACUCCUCGCGCGGUCGAGAGGGCACGAUCGCGCGGUUGGCGUCGAUGGGGUUCUCGGCGACGGCGUUUCGCGGCGCGAUGACGAGCGGCGAAGUCGCGCGGCGGUUCGCGACGCGCGACGCGGACGAUUGGAGAACGGAAAAGACGACGGCGAUGGGAGAUAAUUUUC